CAUCCUGCAGUAGUACGCUCUCGAUUGGCUGAUGUUCUUCAGACCGGGAACAUUUUAAAAAGUAACUGGGUGUGUGCUGCGUUUAUGGAUGUGUCAAGAGAACGGUGCGGUAACGUUUGUCAAACUGAUAUAGUCUCGAGUCUCGCCCAUUGAAACUGACUUAUUUACCUGGCAAAGUAUCAAGUAGUUAUUUUUAAUUCUGAAUGGAGCAAGAAGCACUGGAAACUCCGUCAGCUGGAACAAGCAACCUUGGGACCGAGAUGACGGACAUCAUGGUUGUGGAUUUGGAGUCAUUCGUACAUGUUGAAAUCGACAUGGAAAACAACAACGGGAUUUCUGAAGUGGGAAAUAAUUUGAACCGAGCUUUGUUUUUUAAUGAAGAGGAAGAUGAAGAGGAGAGUGAUGACGACAGCGGCACUGACCAUUUUAACUCUGAGAAGUCGGGCACUCAGCUGCAGAGGAGUGAGCGUCCUGCAGGAGGGAACUCCAAUCUGCCUGACACCUUCCAAACCAGCCACCUGCUGUUCUACGAGAGGUUCAAGGCCUACCAGGACUACAUGCUGGGAGACUGUAAGCCAUCUGAAGUGAAGGCGUUCACAGCAGACUAUCUGGAGAAAGUGGUGGAGCCGUGUGAUUGGUUGGCUCUGUGGUGUACUGAUGUCUUUGACGUCCUGGUGGAGGUGUGUGAUGUGGACUUCAAGGAUCUGAAGGCGUGUGUGCGGCUGGUGCUGCCUCUGCAGUGCGACACCAGAGGCUGUGACCUCACUGAGGAGUCCAUGAAGUCCCUGCUGGACGCCACUGGAGACAAAGUCCCCCUGCAACAGCUGCAGGUGGUCUACGAGCUCUCUGGGGACUUUGAUCAGACCGCCCUCGCUGUGGAGCACCUCAGGUUCUUCUAUGAGCACAUCUGGAGGCAGUGGGAUGAGGAAGACGAAGAUGACUUUGACUACUUUGUGCGUUGUGUGGAACCUCGUCUCAGGCUAUAUUACGACAUCUUGGAGGACAGAGUGCCGGCCGGCCUGGUCGCAGAGUACCAGUCUUUACUCCAGAACUGCUCCCAGUGCUUCCAGCAUUUCUCCGUGCUGCGCAGCCUCCUCAGCAGCGACUCGGACUCAGAGCUGGAUAACGUGUCCAUGGUGGAGGGCCUGAAGCUCUACGACCAGCUGGAGACCUUCAGACGCAAGCUGCACAUCUUCGAGAACCCCCUGCUGAGGUACGUGCUGGGCUACAAAGGGAACGCCCCGCAGCAGUGUGUGCAGAGCCGGGGGUCCCGGGCCUCAGGAGUGAAGGUGGUGCAUGUGGUCACUGCCUCCUGCAGCAGCAUGCAGCUGCAGAGCCUCCUCUCCGACAGACUGCUGCCUCUGUGCUGCUCUGAGGACACAGAGAUUCAGUUCCAUAGAGACCCCCUUUCGGCGGUGGAGGUGUGCCACGACGGGGACGUGGUCAUUGUUCUGCCGGGGGUGUACAGUGUCAGCGGCUCCAUCUUCCUGCCAGACUCCAUCACAUUAGAAGGCUUCGGGCUACCUGAUGAGGUGGUGAUUGAGAAGAAAAACAAGGGCGACUCUUUCGUGGAGUCCACAGGAGCCAACGUGAGCCUGUCCAACAUCAAGUUCAUCCAACACGACGCCAUCGAGGGCAUUCUGUGUGUACGUCAGGGCACAGUGAACAUGGAGAACUGUGUGCUGCAGUGUGAGACCACCGGUGUGAUCGUGCGGACCUCCGCCCGCCUAACCAUGAACAUGUGUGACAUCUACGGCUCCAAGGGGGCUGGUGUGGAGAUUUACCCCGGCAGUGUGUGCAGUCUGGUGGGUAAUGGCAUCCAUCACUGUAAGGACGGUAUCCUCAUCAAGGACUUUGCUGAUGAGCUGGAUGUGAUGCCAUCCAUCACCAUGGAGAACAAUGUGAUCCACAACAACGAGGGCUACGGGGUGAUUCUGGUGAAAGCCACCGACAGGGAGCAGGGGGUCGCUGCAGACAGAAGUGAAGAACAACCCGCUGGCCCUGCAGACUCCCAGCCGGAAGCUUCCGCUGCUCCACUCCUUACCUCCACCUCUUCAGCGCAGAGCAGCAGCGAGUUGACCGAUGCUCAUGCCGAGUCGGAGAGCAGUAGUGGCGCCGACGCGGCCUCCACCUCCGGCAAGAUGUGGCAGUUCAGCCGCCAGCUGAGCAGGAGCAAGGAGCCGUCCUGCAGCCGGGCCGUGCAGGACCUGAUGGAGCACCAGAUCUUCGUCUCCAUCCAGGGGAACCAGUUCAGACGCAACGGCAUGGGCGACUUCGGAACUUUCUUCUACUGAGGGACAGCUCUGACCCAGCCUUGUGUUUUUAGAUGAUUCAUGAAUGAAAUACUGCUGACUCACACCGUCCAUGGAUGUGUUCUGCAGAGAUGUAGAGCAUGUUCCCGUGAUCCUCCUGAGCCUUGAAAGCUCUCUGGCCUGUUUGUAAAUAGAUCCCCAUGUUUGCACAAAUGCUUUUAUCUUAUUUAUUCCUCGGACUUAUGACGCCUGAUAUUUUUAACAUGUGUGACGCAUUUUGAUGGAAGUUCACAGGUCACUUUGAAUACAGUUGUGUAAGUUUCACUGAUCUAAUAAAUGUUGUUACCUGGUGAGGGCGGUGCACACUUUGAGUUCA